AUGAGUCUUGCUGAUAACCAGAACCAGGAACUGGUAGACGUCUGGUUGACUGUAAUCGUGGGGGCAUUAUUGGUAGACAAGGCCAGCCCGUGUGUUUGGGACCCACCAUCUGCGCUCUGUAUCGGUACCGUCUGCUUGCUCAUCUGUCGCUCUACUGGUCCAUUCUACCACUCUGUACCCGCCACUACUGCCACUACCAAGGUGUAUAACGACUCUCUGAAUACUCAACCUUUCGGAGGCAAUUUCGAACUUCCCAACUACUUCACCUCUCCUGACAUCCUAUUCUUUUCUCCCAACUUCGCUUUCCCAGUAUCGUCGUGGUUUCCUUGCUUAUCGACAAUUGCCUAUCUACACUUCAUCGGUUAUCUCCGGCUUAUCCAACUUAGUUGUGAGAUCAAUUCCCUCAAUAGAUGCCUGGGUUUGAAGCAUAAAAAGUCACUGCUUUAG